AUGCUAGCCAUGAAGUUCCUGUCCGUCCUUGCGCUGGGCGCUACCGCUUCCACCGUUCUCGGAGCUAGCCUCCCGGUGGACACCAGUGUUGAGAAGUUCCUGGUUGAACUUGCUCCUGGCGAGACUCGCUGGGUCACCGAAGACGAGAAAUGGGAGCUCAAGCGCAAUGGCCAAGACUUCUUCGACAUCACCGAUGAGGCCCCUGGAUUCACUGCUUCCACCGUGCAGGCGCCCGUUGCUUACCCAACCACCAUCCGCCACUCCAAGGCUGUCAAUGCGAUGAUCGCCACCUUGUCCAAGGAGAACAUGAUGCGCGACCUGACGAAGCUCAGCUCGUUCCACAACCGCUACUACAAGUCUGACUAUGGCAAGCAAUCUGCCACCUGGCUCCAGCAGCAGGUCCAGGCCGCCAUCACUGCCUCCGGUGCAGACAAGUACGGCGCCAAGGUCGCCAGCUUCCAGAACAACUUCUUGCAGCACAGCAUCAUCGCGACCAUCCCCGGCCGCUCCGCCGAGCUCGUCAUCGUCGGUGCCCACCAGGACAGCAUCAACGGCCGCAGCCCCAUGACCGGCCGUGCUCCAGGAGCCGACGACAACGGAAGCGGCUCCGUCACCAUCCUCGAGGCCAUGCGUGGUCUUCUCCAGGACCCCAACGUCGUCCAGGGCAAGGCCGCCAACACCAUCGAGUUCCACUGGUACGCCGGUGAGGAAGCUGGUCUCCUCGGCUCCCAGGCCAUCUUCGCCAAGUACAAGCAGACCGGCAAGAAGGUCAAGGCCAUGCUCAACCAGGACAUGACCGGCUACAUCAAGGGCAUGCUCGACAAGGGCCUCAAGGAGUCCUUUGGCAUCAUCACCGACAACGUCAACGCUAGCCUGACCACGUUCGUCCGCAUGGUCAUCAAGAAGUACUGCCAAAUCCCAACCAUCGACUCCCGAUGCGGCUAUGCCUGCUCUGACCACGCCUCUGCCAACCGCAACGGCUACCCAUCCGCCAUGGUCGCUGAGUCUCCCAUCGACCUCCUCGACCCUCACCUCCACACCGACUCCGACAACAUCAGCUACCUCAGCUUCGACCAUAUGAUCCAGCACGCCAAGCUCGUCGUCGGCUUCGUCACCGAGUUGUCCAUGUAA